ACCGCAACAGCGAUAACCUUGUCCCGGCGCGCGUUGAGUGCAUGCCGCGUCGCGCUAUCGGCGGCUGCGAGCACGUGUUUUAUCUGUGUGUACGCGGUACGUUUUGAGGCGCGCGCUAUAGUUUCGGAGCGCAUUUCGUCGCCGGCUUGAAGUCGGUUAGUAUUCGGGUCACAAUCAUUGCAUACAGACAUGGAUUAUGUAUUGCGCAUAAACACCGGUAUCAUUAUCGGUGUGUGCACCUUCCUGCGCUACGUGAAGCUGUGUCUGUGUUUUUACAAGCGCGCCAGACGCGUCCCACCCGCUACUGAACAGUUGCUGACGCUCAGCGCCACCGCACUCGCAGAAAAGAUACGCAACAAAGAAAUUACAAGUUAUGCGCUUGUGUCUGCGUAUGUGAAUCGUAUAAAUUUGGUCAACCCGAUCAUCAAUGCAGUCGCCGAAGAUCGUUUCACCGAUGCACUCAAAGAAGCGCAAGAAGUCGACGCAAUGUUGGCGCAGGAGAACGUCGAUUUGGAGGCGCUCAAAAGGACGAAACCGCUACUUGGGAUACCGGUGACAAUCAAAGAGAAUUUGCAAGUCAAAGGUCUCAGCGCGACGAUGUGCUGCAAAUUGUAUAAGGAUGUAAAAGCGGACGAAGACGGCGAGGCGACGAGCCGGCUGCGACGUGCCGGCGCGAUAAUUUUAUUAGUCUCGACGACACCCGAAUUCUGUUUGACGAUCGAAACCUACAGCAAGCUGUACGGGGUGACGCGCAAUCCCUACAACAGUUUGCGCAGCGUUGGAGGUUCUUCAGGAGGCGAGGGUGCGCUUUUAGGUGCUGGUGCGUCCCUGAUUGGAUUGGGCUCUGAUCUAGCCGGUUCCAUACGUUACCCGAGUGCUUUUAAUGGCGUCUUUGGACACAAACCAACGCACGGUUUUAUUUCUACAAAAGGGCAUAUUCCUCCUUUGAAUGAUGCGUUGUUUGCUAAGUAUACUGUAGUGGGACCAAUGGCGCGUUAUGCUGAGGACAUUCCCCUUUGAUGAAAGUCGUUUCGGACCGAGUGGACGAGCUGCGUUUGGACGAGCCUGUCGACCUAGCCAAGCUGAGAAUAUAUUACAUGACCGAUUGCGGAAUGAACUUUGGACUGAUGAAAGUGCAGCCUGAAAUUAAGCGAUCCGUCAGAGACUGCGCCGAAUUACUGCGAGAUAAUUGUAAAGCGACGAUUGUGGAAAGAAAAUUUCCCAAUUUAGGCUACGCCACUGAAAUAUGCACGGUGACAGCGGCUCAGAUUAAAUUCGACUCGCCAAUGAAAACCAAAGAUCGGGAGUACGGCGUGCUUUCGCAGUUAUUUUUAAAUUUGUUUGGCUGUUCGCAAUAUUCGGCGUACAUUAUGAUUCAUGAGAUUGUCGACGCAGCUUCGAAGAAAACAACAAGUCCAGAAAAGAUUGAAAAGUACACGACGAUACUCAACGAACUCAGAAAUGAGAUGAGCGCCGAAUUGAAGGAUACGGGCGUUUUUAUUUAUCCUGUUUUUGCUGCCACCGCAUUGAGGGAGUGCGAAUUUAUGUUUAUGUAUGCUGGCAUGGCAUAUUCCUUUAUUAUUAACAUUCUUGGUUUUCCAACUACGACAGUACCAGUGGGAUUCGAUAGUAGCGGCCUACCAAUUGCUGUUCAAGUUGUAGCUAAUGUAAAUCAAGAUCGACUGUGUUUCGCAGUGGCCAAAGAAUUGCAAUCGAUUUUCGGAGGUUGGAAGUCUCCAUAAUCUCACUGACUGCAGAAAACUAAUGCAAAUAAUCCAAGUAAUUUAGUAGGAUCUUUCAAUUUUAAUAAGACUCACGAUUAAAACCAUUAACGCGAUAUGAAUUAUACUUAAUGUUAGAGGUUAGCAGGAUGUAUACUCAAAAGUUGGUUAUUUUAUUUUACCAGCGCUAUUUUUAUAUUAAACGUUGAUGAUAAGAGAAAUUUGUUUAGAGAUGUUUGGCGUUAUUGCAAUGCAGUUGUGAUUAGUGUAGGCGAAACCUUGUCGGCACAAACAUGAAUUACAUAUUUCGCCUUGUCAAUCUCCUGGUGCUCCUUAUCGAUAAACUUUUGCGACCAGUGUUUUGGCUGAGACGAUGGCGAUCGCCUAAACAUGUGCCGCCAAUUGAUAAUCAAGUGUUAUUAUUGAGUGCGACUGAGUUAGCUAGUAGGAUUCGCAAAAGAAAAUUAACGUCGCUUUACGUCGUCGCAACUUACAUCGGGCGCAUCAAGCAAGUGAAUCCGUUAAUUAAUGCCGUCACUGACGAUCGAUACGAUGCAGCUCUGGUGGAUGCUAAAGCAGCCGAUGAUUUUAUCACUCACACCAAAAUGGCGGAGGAUGAAUUAGCAAGACACAAACCUUUUCUUGGAGUGCCCAUUAGUGUUAAGGAAAGCUGCGGCGUUAAAGGAUUGAGUCAUGCUGUUGGUACUUUGGCACGCAGAGGAAUCAAAAGCGAUGCAGAUGGCGCAAGUGUUGAACGCUUAAGAAAAGCUGGAUUUAUUCCAUUGGUGGUUUCCAAUUGUCCUGAAUAUUGUUCUGGAUUGGAAAGUAAUAAUCUUCUUACAGGUGCCACAAACAAUCCGUAUAAUACACAUUAUUCCGUUGGUGGAUCUUCUGGUGGUGAGGCGGCUUUAAUAAGUUCAGGCGCGUCUGUUGUUGGAAUUGGAAGCGACUAUGCUGGGUCCAUUCGUCUACCAUGUUCAUUUACUGGAAUUUUUGGUCAUAAAACAACGCCAAAUAUUGUCCCUAGAACAAUGCAUUUUCCAGACUCAACUGAUCCAGUUUCUUAUGAUUAUUUUGCAAUUGGUCCAAUGUGUCGCUACGCAGGAGACCUCAAACCAAUAUUGGAAAUCAUUUGUGAUGAAGAAGGAAAGUGCCUUGACUUGAAUAAACCAGUUGAUCUUUCACAAAUCAAAGUACUUUUCACGGAGGAUUAUUAUAAUAUGUUUGGCAUAACAUCAGUAUCUUUAGAUAUCAUGAGAAGUAUUUACAAAACUGUAAAAAUAUUACGUAAAGAUUUUCGUAUGAAAUCAGAAUUAGUGAGAUUUCAAUGUAUGGAAUUGUCACCUGAAAUUGGCACAACUUUGUUUCUUGAAAUGAAGGAUCGACCAAACUUUAUGAAAGAUCCCAACAAUCCAAAGAAAGAUUUAAAUUUGUAUAUUGAAAUUGUAAAGAGUAUCAUGGGCACUAGUAAUUUAUCUAUUUACUUGUUACUUGCUGAAUUUAUAAUUCGAUACAAUGCAUUUAUUCCAAAAUCGCAAUUGCCGUAUUACAAGAUGAAAAUGAAGACAUUGCAGAAAGAUGUUUGGAAUAAAUUAGGUGAUAAUGCAGUGUUACUGUAUCCAGCAUUUCCGUCGACAGCUUUCCAGCACUAUCAAGUGUUAACAAAGUCAUCUGGAAUCACUUAUUCAAUGAUUUUCAACAUUUUAGGAUGUCCAAGCACUUUAGUGCCUGUUGGUUUUGAUAAAAAGGGGUUACCAAUUGGAAUUCAAGUAAUUGCAGGCCCUAAACAAGAUCGAUUGUGUCUAGCAGUGGCUGAGGCUUUAGAAAAAAGGUAUUGGGGGAUGGACACCAUCGUUAUAAAAUAUCUUAAAAACAUAAACAUGGAUUUGAUAUUUAGAAUCUUCGGACUGCUUGCUAUUCUCCUUGAUAAAAUUUUACAGCCAGUGUUUUGGCUACAACGUUGCAGAUGGCAGAAAAAACUACCACCAAUCGAUAAUCGUGUUUUAGUUUUAAGUGCAACCGAGUUAGCUAGUAAAAUACGACAGAAAAAAUUGUCAUCGCAUUAUGUUGUUUCUACAUACAUCACGAGAAUAAAACAAGUGAAUCCUAUUGUAAAUGCUGUGACUGAUGAAAGAUUUAAAGCGGCUCUUAUGGAUGCAAAAGCCGCGGAUGAUUUUAUAGCAAAAACUAAAAUUUCCGAAGCCAUUUUAGUCAAAAACAAGCCAUUUUUAGGUGUACCUAUAACCAUCAAAGAAAGUUGCGGUGUCAAAGAUAUGAGUUACUCCGUUGGAUCAUUGAAACGAAAAGAAUCAAAGUGUGCAGCAGAUGGCGCUAGUGUACAACGGUUGAAAAAGGCAGGAUUUAUUGUUUUAGCUGUAACAAAUUGUCCUGAAUAUUGUGCUGCACUGGAAACUGAAAAUUUAUUGAAUGGGCGCACUAAAAAUCCAUAUAAUACACACUAUAGUGUAGCUGGAUCAUCAGGCGGUGAAGCCGCCAUUAUUGGUUCUGGUGCUUCAGUAGCAGGAGUAGGAAGUGAUUAUGCUGGAUCAAUUCGUGUGCCAUGUUCUUUUUCAGGCAUUUUUGGUCAUAAAACAACACCAAGAAUAAUACCACACACGAUGCAUUUUCCAAAUUCAACUGACUCUGCUUUCUGUAGUUAUAUUGCAAUAGGCCCAAUGUGCCGUUAUGCAAGCGAUCUAAAACCGAUGCUGAAAGUAAUGAGCGCCGAUGAAGGCAAAUGUCUUGAGUUGGAUAAAAAGGUUGAUCUUAGUCAAGUAAAAGUACUUUACACCGAAGAGUAUUACAAUAUGCUUGGAAUCGUACCAGUGUCCCAGGAAAUCAUCGAAGCAAUUUCGAAAUCUGUAAAAACUUUGCGGAAAAAUUUCAAUAUGAAAUCGGAAGUUGUCACGUUUAAAGGCAUGGAAAACUCUGUCGAAAUAGGAACAAGUCUAUAUUUAGAACUUAACGAAAGGCCUAACUUUAUGCAAGAUCCCAAUAAUCCAAAGAAAAAUCGAAACUUGUAUAUGGAAAUCAUAAAGAGUCUGUGCGGUAUGAGUGAUUUGUCUAUUCAACUACUACUCGCGGAAUUAGUCAUCCGUUACAAUGCGUUUCUACCACGAAGACAUUUACCAUACUACAAGCUGAAAAUGGCAGAACUGCAGAAAAUUGUUUGGAACAAAUUGAGCGACAACUCUGUAUUAUUAUAUCCAACAUUUUCAACGCCUGCAAUCCAGCACUACCAGAUCUUUACGAGGAUAUCAAGCAUUACAUACGCGAUGAUUUUUAAUAUUCUUGGAUGCCCAAGUACUCAGGUACCUAUUGGUUUGAAUAAAGAUGGAUUACCAGUUGGUAUUCAGGUUGUCGCAGGACCUAGACAGGACAAACUCUGUUUCGCUGUUGCCAAAGAGCUCGAAAAAGCGUUUGGCGGUUGGCAACCACCCACGUAAUUUUGAAUUCAUCACAAAACCGUCCACAAACGUAGGCAACACAAAACACAUCAUAAUUUCAAUAUCGACUUUUUAUUUUUAUAUUGAUUCAUCGCCAUGAACAUGAACAUAAUGUUUUGAAAUAGAUUGUAGGUUGUACUUUCAACGUA